AUGGGCUCCUCAAGUCCCUACGCUGCUGCGCAUCUCGACCCCAAAGGAGCCGGGGAUGCCCGGCCAACCGCCCUCCAGAUCAUCCAAGAUGAGGGUCUUGAAGGGAAGCUGGCUGGAAAAAUAAUUGUCGUUACUGGUGCCACGUCAGGCAUUGGUGUCGAGACCGCUCGCGCCCUCAAGGCCACAGGAGCCACUUUGUUUCUAACUGCCCGCAACCUGGCGAAGGCUCACAAGAACCUGGCUGGCAUUCUUGAGCCCGGCCGUGUCUCUCUCGUCGAGAUGGACUUAGAUUCCUUCAAGAGCAUCCGCACUGGUGCGGAGCAAAUCCUCUCCGCCACAAAGGGACAGGAUGGGAUCGAGGCGCACUUCUCCGGAAACUACUUGGGAUUCUUCUUGCUCUUCCAACUGCUAAAGCAAGCUCUGCUGGCCAGCGUGACGCCCGAUUUUCAUUCCCGCGUGGUUGUAGUGGCCUCCUCCGCACACCGCGCCGCCACUCUCCCAUCCAGUGACAACUACAAUUUCGAAAAGGGCGGAUAUAAGCAUGAGAUAGCCUACAACAACUCCAAGCUGGCGGCUGUGUACUUGGCCAACAAGAUCGAGAGGGACUACGGUGCUCAAGGACUGCAUGCCACCAGUCUGCAUCCCGGCGCCAUCAACACCGACAUCUCCCGCAACAUGCCCCCCGAGUUCCUGGAGGGGCUCAUGACUAACCCGUACAUUCUCAAGAUCUUGAAGUCGGCGGAACAGGGUGCAGCGACAACAAUCUGGGCUGCCGUGGGCAAAGAGUGGGAGAAUCGUGGUGGGAAGUAUUUGGAGGAUAUCAGAGAAGCGGAGCGGGGUGAGGACGAUGGUCAGGUCUUUGGAGUGGGAUGGGUGAAACAGACCUACAAUCCCGAGGAGGAGGACCGCCUCUGGAGAGACUCACUGAAGAUUGUUGGUCUGGAGGGUGACGCUUGA